AUGUAUAUCGAGGGUGGACAUUCAGCUUUGGUGUGGUUCGAGGAGUUGCUUGGAGUGAUUCCUCCUCUGAGCCAGGUUCAGAAGUUCGUAGUAAACUGUACCUGGUUCCAGGAGACUUUCGGAGAGUGCCCCGAGGGAGCCGAUGAGGAGACUGUGCGACGCUUUGCUCGUGCCUAUAUCAUGAUGUUGUUGGGCACUCAACUGUUUGUCGACAAGUCCGGCAACCGCAUUCACAUCAGAUGGCUUCCCUACGUAGCUAGGCUUGAGGAGAUGGGUUCCUACAGUUGGGGGUCUGCAGCAUUGGCAUGGUUGUACCGGUGCAUGUGCCGAGUGGCAAAUAGACAUGUGGUGAAGUUAGCGGGCCCACUUCAGCUACUUCAGUCCUGGAUCUUCUGGCGCUUUCCCAAGUUUAGGCCUGCUGGGUAUGAUACGUGCAGCUGGCCUUUGGCAUCGAGGUGGUCAGGUUACAGCCCUUCCUACAGCGAGAAGGGUCCUAGAGUGCAGAGCACGAGACUGAAGAUAGACAUGUUACAUCCCAGGGAUGUUGUGCAUCCAGAGGCGUUGGAGCCUCGACACAUGGCGGUGUGGCGGUCUGUCACGUCGCUGAUAUACUUUGCUGUUGUAGAGUGGCAUCAGGUAGAUAGGGUUCUACCGCAGUUCGGUGGUCUGCAGCCCCUCCCGCGUCCCACCCUUAACAUCGACUUUCUGAUGUCGAAGGACGGGAGAGGCGGUGAUCGUUGGUUCCCGUUCGCUUUACAGCAUUGUCAUAUUCUUUGGGAGACCCGUGCGGACCACGUCCUCCGGUUCGAUGUUGUUACCGGCCCUGGACCUUCGCACACCUACCUAAACUGGUGGAGUCGGCAUGAAAAGAGGUUCUUGUCACCCGAGUUUUAUCUGGGGAUCCGAGGGGCGUUCCUAUUCCUGUCGAGACGUCACAGAGGGGUCCUGGGCGAGUUCCUAACAUGGAUCGAGUCGACGACGUCCCUAAUAGACGUCGAGUUGAGAGGAGAGCUCGUGUCGGGACACGACAGAACUAGCGUGAGUGGGGCCUCCCAAAUUCAGAUAAUCAUUCACAUCAGGCCUGUCAAAUAA